CGCGAGUUUGGUUGAGUCGUCUUAUGAUAAUCUCAUCGCGAUCCAAGUAGCAAGCAUUUUGACAUAGCUACCAGUAGUACAUCCUACGUGCUUAAAGAAAGAGCAAGCACAGAAAAGAUGGAACAAGGUACUACAGAACCAACGACGCCAUUGAUGGAUUCAUGGGCAAAGCAAGAAGGGCUGAACAACGAGACAGGAGCAGGAGUUAUGCGAUUUAUUGUGAAAAUACAUGACUAGUGGUCUGACCCUCCCUUUGAUUGCCUAGAACGUGCGGCGCUGUAGAUGGGUUCUCCCUGAAGGGAGUACUCUCAUCUCAUCUGCACCGUAGUUGCAUUUUUUGAUCGUCUGAACUGGACAAGGUUGUUGGAAACGUAGAGCCAGCAGCGUAGGAGAGCAUACUACUAAAGAAUCGAUUUUUGUGAUCAAUGACGAUGACUCUUCUGAUCAACGACGAUGCCCUCUCUAACUCUUUUCCGGCAGACGGACAGAACCUGGCAGAAGUACACGGUGCGGUUGACGUCACCGAGGAGGAGGGCGUGGACUUGGACUAUGCUGAUGAAGAAGAUGAGUUUCUAUCCGAAGACGGUACGGGGAAUGAUAACGGUAAGCGUUCUUGUGGUGUUGAAAACCUAUGAGCGAGUUUCAUUCCCUGAGAAUCACAUGGACAUGUAUCACGCAGCUCAGAAUUUUUGUUUACUUCGCGAUAAUAUAAUAUCUGUUAAAUCUUGAUGUGUUCAAUGCAAAUUUAUUUGUCGAAUGUCAUCCUUCGGUAGACUUGUAGAUGAAAAUAUUCACUUGUGGUUUCUAGUUCUUUUUAGCACAUCGAGGUAGAAACGAGCCACUACAUCAAUGUAAGUACCAACCUCCAGCUUGGCUGUAUGUCCUGUCUCUGCUUGUAAUGACGUCGGUGAAUUUGUUGAUCGGGAUCCUCACAUUGGUUUGUGUGUGCCAAUUGUCAGCGCAACAGGCUGCAGAAGGAGAAGGCGGGCAUCUCGUGGUGCUUCCGAGUACUUUUUUACACACUUUUUGCUUCUGAUCUUAAUAUAAGGAGCCUAGAUUUGGAAGAUGCAAGUGCAGCAACGUUUUUAUGCCAUAUUCCAUAAUAUGGGUAAUGUUACUGGUAGAUAUCAAUCAGCUACUAAUUCUUGGAAAAAGCGAGAAAUGUGUAUGUAAUUUUCCGUCGUCUUGCUCCCUUCAUCUAGUGUAAGUUUUAGAUAUUACUUAGAUCAUGAGAAUAUUUUCGUACGCUGCCACGCAUCCAUGUAACAGAUGGAAUCGCACUAUGACGAGCAUGUUAAUCUAAAUAUACCUUAUGUGUUCGUAAGAAUCAUGGUACUCUUUUCCUGUGGUUCUACUCGAACCGAAGUGGUCCCUGCUGGUGCGGCCUGGCUGCGAGCAAGUGGACCCUCACCUUGAACCUUGAACCUUUUCUGUAUGUAAGAAUCAUGAUACUUACUCUUUCCCUACUUUUUCCUAAAAAUUGCUAGGCGAACGUCCGAAAAAUGGCGCUAAAGUCGUGGCGGCAGCGGCCUCGUCCGGGUUUUUGGUCGUGUAGGAGGGGUUGGUCGCGGAGGGGGUGUGGCAGGGAGUGAUUCUUCGUGACGGACAUUCGUGAGUACCGAAGCAAGCGCGGCGUCGCCGCCCCUGUGUACCGCGGCAAGAGACACGUCACUAAUGCAUAGACAUCCAUAGCGAGCAAGAGGUUUUGGGAGUCCACGAGUCACCGCGGCAGCCAGUCUUCAUUUAAAUUUAGGCACCGCCUAAAUAUCGUGGACGGGUCUGUGUUCCGAGCCGCAUGGCCGGGCCCGAACUGCGAACAUGGAUGAAUGAGUGAGUAGUUUACUUUCGAUUGUCAAUUUAGAAGUGUCGCUAAUCAAUUUAGCACAGGCAAGCACUCUUCGGAUGAGCAGUACAAUCCAAAAGAUGAAAUGUGAGAUCAAAGAAGGUUACCGUUACUACGACUUUUGGUCGACUAGUUGUUGGUGGCAUCAAUAUUGUGGGAGCAUAUCGUUACCAGCACGGAGGCGUUUAUGAAGGAGACUUUGAUGCAGGGUCUCCUGUCUUGUCGCACAAGCUUUCGAUUUGUCAGUUUUUUGUUGAUAUUGUCCUUGCAUCCCUCUGUUUGGUCCUUAUUGACUCUCUGAUAUCAUGCAUGUGUAUAUCUAUCUUGCACUUACUUCAUUGGAAUUCCCGCUACUAACCCACGUUGAGCGCAUACUUGAUCCAAGAACUUCACCCCAAUACUUCCUUGCACCAUUAUUCUUGCACCUAGCUAAUAUUCGUUGUUUGUUAGGUAUUUCUCUCAGUCGCUUGAUGUAUUUGAUUAUCCAUACCUGUUUGGAACUUCUAAGAAAUUCAAAUUUAUAUUCGUGUUCAUCCCAUGACCUAUUGUAUUAGAGUAUCCAGUUGGACGACAAGGAAAAGGAAAUAUCCCCAUUGAUUUUUCUUUUAUGGAGUUUGAGUUAGCAUCAUAGCGGGUGACCUAGGCUCAGAAUUUUUUACAUUGAACACAUCGUACAUGAUCACGUAGGAAAAAUCCGAAUUAAUUAUUCUAUGUAUUGUGAGCAGCACUUGAUAACUUUGAGAGAAAAUUAUUUCCCGGAAUACCAAUUCUUCCCGCAACAGACCAGAAAUAGUUUUCAC